UAAACAAAGAGGCGUGGCCUUCUCAUCCACCGUAAAUAGGAUUCUUUUCUCUUUUCUAAAGGAGCUAGAGUUUUCUUUGUAAAGUUUGAUGCGAUUAGGAUUGAUGCAGCAACUCCACUGUGCUUUACUCUACUUCCACCCGCUCUCAGCAAUUCUGCUACAAACAUCGAAAACGGUUGCUCACUUCGCCGGAGCAGGAGCAAAGCCAGCCAGCUCUUGUUGGUGAGAAGUGGAGUGUUGUACUCUGGAUCCCAUCUAUCUGUCUCUCCUUGCAACAGAGUAGCAGAGCCAAGGAACAAUCUCCUCUUACAGUUGAAGAUCCCCCCCACCUUUUCUCCCCAAAGCCAUCGAACUAUUAAUCUGCAACUCCACUCAUCCUUUUCUCUUUCUUUACGAGAUAAUGGCGUCGAAGCAAACUUAUAGGGUUUGUUUUUGUUUCCGGCGAAGGUUCAAGCAGACAGUGGCUGAAGCUCCGGAAGAGAUUAAGGCCCUUUUCAACAGGUACUCAGAAAAUGGCAUCAUGAACGCGGAUCACCUCCGUAGCUUUCUGAUCGAAAUUCAGGAAGAGAAGACGGCGAAAACGGAGGAUGCACAAGCCAUUAUCGAUAGUCUCAGAGAGCUUAAGCAUCUCAAUAUCUUCCAUAAAAAGGGUAUCCAUCUCGAAGCCUUCUUCCGCUAUCUGUUCGGCGAUACUAAUCCCCCUCUCUCGCCUUCUGUCGGGGUGCAUCAUGAUAUGAACUCUCCAUUGUCCCAUUAUUUCAUAUAUACAGGGCAUAAUUCCUAUUUAACUGGGAAUCAACUUAGCAGUGAUUGCAGUGAUGUCCCUAUAAUAAAUGCACUGCAUAGGAGUGUAAGAGUGAUUGAACUAGAUAUAUGGCCAAAUUCUACAAAAGAUAAUGUGGAUGUUCUUCAUGGAAGGACACUGACAACCCCAGUGGAACUCAUAAAAUGUUUGAGGUCUAUUAAGGAGCAUGCCUUCUCUGCAUCUUCAUAUCCUGUAGUUAUAACUCUAGAAGAUCAUCUUACUCCAGAUCUUCAGGCUAAAGUAGCUGAGAUGGUCACACAAACAUUUCAAGAUGUGUUAUUUACUCCUGAAUCAGAAUGUUUAAUGGAAUUCCCUUCACCAGAAUCAUUGAAGCAGCGAAUUGUCAUAUCGACUAAACCACCAAAAGAGUAUCUUCAGGCUAAGUUAAAGGAAAGUGAUUCACAGAAGGGGAAGGACUCAGCUGAGGAAGAAGCCUGGGGGAAAGAAGUUCCUGACCUUAAAGUUGAACUUGAAGCUGUUGAUAAGCAGAAUGGUUCAGAUGAAGCAGAGGACGAGGAAGAUGCUGAUGAUGGAGAUCGGAAGUUACAGCAGAAUACAGCACCUCAAUAUAAACAUUUAAUUGCUAUUCAUGCUGGGAAGCUGAAGGGUGGAUUAUCUGAAUGGUUAAAGGUGGAGCCAACCAGAGUCAGGCGUCUCAGUUUGAGUGAACAAGAGCUUGAGAAGGCUGUUAUAACCCAUGGAGCAGAAAUAAUCAGGUUCACACAGCAGAAUUUGCUGAGAAUAUACCCAAAGGGUAUACGCUUUGAUUCAUCAAACUACAACCCACUACUUGGGUGGAUGUAUGGAGCUCAAAUGGUUGCCCUUAAUAUGCAGGGAUAUGGAAGAUCACUCUGGUUGAUGCAUGGAAUGUUCCGAACCAAUGGAGGAUGUGGUUAUGUGAAAAAACCUGAUUUUCUAUUGAAUGCUAACAAGGCAUUUGAUCCUAAGGCAACAUUACCAGUAAAGAAAACCUUGAAGAUGAGAGUAUAUAUGGGGGAAGGAUGGAACUUUGAUUUCAAGCGCACACACUUUGAUAACUACUCCCCGCCAGACUUUUAUACUAGGGUUGGGAUUGCUGGAGUUCCGGCUGAUUCAGUAAUGAAGAAAACAAAGACAAUUGAGGAUGACUGGACACCAGUUUGGGACGAGGAGUUUGAGUUCCCAUUAACUGUUCCGGAGCUUGCUUUGCUUCGGAUUGAAGUUCACGAGUAUGACAUGUCUGAGAAGGAUGACUUUGGAGGUCAGACAUGUCUGCCCGUGUCAGAGUUGAGGACGGGGAUCAGAGCAGUCCCACUGCACAGCCGUAAGGGAGAGAAGUACAGCUCCGUAAAGCUUCUGAUGCGUUUUCAGUUUGUUUGAGUUAUUUUAAUCCUGUUAUGAUACCUCCGUUCUCUGUUUUGUAUUAUAUGAAAACGUAUCUUCUGUAGUUGGAUGUCUGUAUCAUUCAUAGUGUUGUGCAUUCCAAUAAAUUAUUGUUUCAUCAUGACGGAGGGCCAUCUUAUAUAGUUUCAGUUAUACUUGCAGAGUUGUAAUCUGAUACGUCUUGUGUGAUCUGCUUUUGUUUAUUCUUAGAACUGAGUUUUUAUUCACUUUUA